AUGGACAUUGAAGGAAAAGUAGCGUUGAUCACAGGUGGUGCUGGGGGCUUAGGAAAAUGUGUGGGUGAACUUCUGCUGAGCAGAGCAGCACAGGGCGUGGUAUUCAUCGAUAAAGAUGAAGAUAUGGGUAAAGUUACAGAAGACUAUUUAAAGAAGACUUAUGGAGAAUCCAAAGUGGUCUUUGUUCAUGGCGAUGUUACCGUAAAAUUAAAUCUAAAAUGUGCAUAUGAAAUGACUAAAUCUAAGUUUGGAAGACUGGACAUAGUGUGCAAUAAUGCAGGCAUAUUUAAUGAAUUAGAAAUGGAGAAAAUGUUUGCAGUAAAUAUUAUGGCGCUGAUCACCAGUACGUAUAUGGCAGUUGAGUACAUGGGUAAACAACAUGGCGGUCAAGGUGGAGUGAUUAUUAAUGUUUCGUCGAACUUGGGUAAAUAUGCGUUGAUGUCAUUGUUUCUUCGUAUUUUAAUAAAUACAUUAUUCAAAAUUAUAGCGAUGUAA